AUACGGGUGAGUAUAGUUGUUGGAGUUUGUUUGUUUGUUUGCUUUGUUUUGAAACAGAAGAAGAGUAGCUUCUACUUGUUCUAUUUCUAUAUCACUCUUUCUUUACUCUCUCCACACUCCACUCAACUUAGCACUUUUUAAAUAUAAAAAUCCACUCUCUUCUCUCGUUUGCUCUUCUCUACCGUUGAACAAAACCAAGAUAAUCUGCGAGAUCGGAAGGUCAUCUUCGUCAUUUCCUUUUUGGAGAUUAUUAACGGAAUUACCGUGACGACAGGCGUGUGAGUUUAGCAAUAUGGAGAGGAACACUCCGGUGAGGAAACCACACACUUCAACGGCAGAUCUGCUUACUUGGUCGGAAACUCCAAUCUCUGAUUCUCCAGCUCUUGCUUCCUCUGCACCUCGUUCUCAUCAGCCGUCGGAUGGGAUCAGCAAAGUGGUGUUUGGGGGUCAGGUUACCGAUGAAGAAGUCGAGAGCUUAAACAAACGAAAGCCUUGUUCGGAGUAUAAGAUGAAGGAGAUUACUGGUAGCGGAAUAUUUGUAGCCAAUGGAGAAGACGAUGACACAGAAGCUGGCAGUGCCAAUCCUUCCGCAAAUAAAACUGGAAUUCGCAUGUACCAGCAAGCGAUUGCAGGAAUCAGUCAUAUCUCCUUUGGCGAGGAAGAGAGCGUUUCGCCAAAAAAGCCUGCUUCAUUGCCUGAGGUGGCCAAGCAACGUGAGCUCAGUGGAACUAUGGAAAGCGAAGACAAUAAGUUGAACAAGCAACUUUCUGAUGCAAAGUGCAAGGAGCUUAGUGGUCAUGACAUAUUUGCUCCACCACCAGAAAUCAAACCCCGACCAAUAACUCCUCGCAUAUUGGAGUUGCAAGGGAGCAUAGGCAUUGGAGAAAGCAAUGCUGAUGGAGAUCAAGGUGCUAAUUCUGGAGAACCAGUUAAGACAGCAAAGAAGAUUCUUAACCAGAAAUUUGCAGAACUUUCUGGAAAUAACAUAUUUAAGGGCGAUGUCCCGCCUUCCUCUGCCGAGAAAUCAUUGAGCGGAGCAAAACUCCGAGAGAUAAGUGGCAGUAACAUCUUUGCUGAUGGGAAGGUGGAGUCUAGAGACUAUCUAGGUGGCGUACGGAAGCCGCCCGGUGGUGAGAGCAGCAUUGCCUUGGUAUAAUUUGUUAGGUCUAACUUAUUUCAUAUACUAUCUUGUUUUGUUUUAAUUAAUUUUUAGUGGGAUGUGUUAUUAUAUUAUUUGACCUUGUAUUUCUGGGUUUUGGGAAUUUGCCUUUUAGGUUAUUUGAUAUUAUUGACCAAAAGGACCGUUGCUAAUUGGUUGUUUGUCCAUAAUCCUGUGUUUUCUUCCGUGUUUGCUUUAAUUAAUUAAUGAAGUGAUUUUGGACUGUUUACUCUAUUAGUCCAUUA